UUCCGCUUACAAAAUUUUCUCCCGUAUCCUGUUCCAGCGACUGAGGCCGUUGCAGGAAGCCUUUGUUGGAGAAUACCAAUGCGGUUUUCGAGUGGGGCGAUCUACAACGGAUCAGAUGUUCACCUUGAGACAGAUCCUUGACAAGUUUCGAGAACACAACCUGCAGACACAUCAUUUGUUUAUAGACUUUCGAGCGGCGUACGAUACAGUGAAACGCAACGAGCUGUGGCAAAUAAUGCUAGAACAUGGUUUCCCAACUAAACUGAUUAAACUGUUACGUGCGACGCUUGACGGUUUCACAUCAUGCGUCAGGACAGCGGGCGAAUUUUCGGACGCGUUUGUGACGUUGGAUGGUCUGGAGCAAGGUGACGGGCUCUCGAACUUGCUGUUCAACAUAGCUUUGGAAGGUGCGAUACGAAGGGCAGGUGUGCAGAGGAGCGGCACCAUCAUCACUAAGUCUCACAUGCUUCUGGGCUUUGCGGACGACAUUGAUAUAAUUGGUGUUAACCGUAGAGUAGUUGAGGAGGCCUUUACGGCUCUCAGAAGGGAAGCUGCGAGAAUUGGACUCACCAUAAACACUGCCAAAACGAAGUACAUGGUGGCUGGCAGAGAGCGUGGUAGUUCUACGGGUGUUGGUGCUGCGGUGGAGAUGGAUGGGGAUACUUUCGAAGUGGUCGACGAAUUUAUUUAUCUUGGUACUCUCGUGACAUGUGACAACGAGGUGAGCCGCGAGGUAAAGAGGCGGAUUGCGGCGGCGAAUAGGGCUUAUUACGGAUUGCGUAGCCACCUUAGGUCCCGUAGCCUAUAGAUCCGUACGAAAUUUGCGCUCUAUAGGACUCUGAUCCUCCCGGUGGCGCUCUACGGACAUGAAUCGUGGACGUGGAAGGAGGCCGAUCGACGAGCGCUUGGGGUCUUCGAGCGUAGAAUCCUGCGAUCAAUACUCGGAGGCAAACUAGAGAACGGGGUGUGGCGCAGGCGCAUGAAUCACGAGCUGUACGAAGUAUACAAACACGCUGAUAUUGUCAAGCUGUUGAAACACGGCAGGUUACAGUGGGCUGGCCAUGUAGCACGGAUGGCGGAUGAGCGACCGGCAAAGAUAAUAUUUAGUAGAGAACCGGAUAGAGGCCGACGACUUCGAGGCAGACCGCGCACGCGCUGGAUGUGUGCUGUCGACGAGGAUGCCAGAGCAGCGGGUGUAAGGGGAGACUGGAGAGUAGCAGCCCAAGACCGAGUUUUGUGGAGACGUAUUCUGGAUUCGACAUAGGAUCUUAAUGAUCUGUCGCCAUAAAAGUAAAUAGUAAAUGCGUAAUAUCAACCCAAGAAAAGCGCUGAAUAGUUGCCUCAUCGCAAACAUUGAUCUAUAAAAUCUAAGUUGAUGGCUCACUUUGCGGACUCGCUAUUUAUGACUCCGCAUACCGCAAGCUUGACAAAGUCACCACCGUUCCGUAAGGAUAAGAAAGCAGAUUAGUGGUGUAAUUGGUUGAGUUAAAGUGUCUCUUUUUCAUAUCUGCCGUUGGAAUCUACAAGUUCUCGUUCUCGCCCAGUUGGUGCGAAGCAACUGGCAUACACAAAAAUAGAAGGCAGUAAAAAUGUGCACGACUUUGAUGUUGUUACAGUUGGUAGCACUUUUUGUGGCAGGUGCUUAUGGUGGUAGCGGCUCAUGCCGCGAUGCCGCACUCUGCUGUAGCGGCCGGGAUUCCGCUUGUGUCGUGCAAAAAGUGCCGCCAAAUGCAAUGAUGGCGGAUUUAAAUGUAAAACCGUGCUACUGCGACCACGCCUGUUUAAAGCUGGACGACUGUUGUGGCGAUUUCAAGGGAUACUGUGGAGUGAUCGAUUGUGCUGUCAGUGUUUGGGGACCGUGGAGGGAAUGCGACGCGCUAUGCGGUUCCGGAACGUCCACUCGAAUCAGGACUAUUCGACAACCAUCGCAUAACGGUGGUAAACAUUGCCCGUCACUGGUGCAAAAACGCGGCUGUCAAGGAGGCAACUGUCGAAUGGCCGACAUGCUGCGGCUACUCGGAGAGACAGCGAGGCUUCUACCGGUGGAGACAUCUCAGCAGCUGAACAGAGCAGAAAGUGGUACCACAAAAACCACACACCGUGAUGAGCACGAACUGAGAAAUCCACACGCUGUUUCCAGCAAAUACGAAACGAAUAGCCACUGCAUUUCAUUCGAGGUCAUGAAGGCGAGUAAACACUGUCAAAGAGAUCCCGACUUCCGACUACUAUCCGAGGGAGACCGUGUGGUUGUACGGUGUGGCUUGAGUCUGUUUAGUGUCGACGAUGCUAGUUCCUCCGUCUACGACUACCUAUUCAACAACUCUAUUUCGAAGGGACACAUAGGAAACGAUAGCUACAAGAACGACGUUAGUGAUGGGGACAUUUACGACACUAGUGCAGAGUAUGACAGCAGCACCAAUAGCACCACAAGGGCAAUCCAACAUACAGUGUUAUAUCGUCGGUGCCUAGGGGAAGGCCUCACGGGCCGAAACACACGGUUCUCUGCUUUGACUGUGCCCGCAUGCCACGGAAAGUGGCUACGGUUAACGGUUGGACUACCGAAAAAGUGCAGCCCAAAUGAGGCUCGGUUUAUCUUUGUUUGAAAGUGUGACCAGCACCUCUGAGCUGGGUUGCUACGAAAGCAAAGACCAAGAGGUAAAUGGUAACGUAACACUGCACAAAGCGAUAAAGUGUGAUACAGACGAAACAUAGCUCUUAUCAAAUCUGCAAGCGUUAUUGUGGAGUGGAAAAACUGGUUCUGAUCGUUUAGGUUACGGAUAAACUGAUGAAAGCAACAUCAAAAAAUUUCGUCGUUAUUUGAAAUACUAUCUUUUGGUUUAACCGUGCUUUGACAUGACUCAAAAGCAGAUGAUACAUGUAAAUAACUUUGAUAAGUGAUUAUAAGAUACAAUACAACUUGAACAUUCGAAAUAAACACGUAUUAUCUAA